CGGCAUGUCAAUCAUGUGAUAACAUGUAUAUAAGCUGAAACAGAACGAAUUAACGUUUUUCCAUGAACGUGUGUUAAACAUAGACACUGUAAGGAAUUGUAACACUGAGCGAUGCAAUGAACAGUACACUUCAGCUAUUUAAGCCAAUCUUUUACGAGCAAGUAGAUCCAAUCGUGAUAACACAAAAGUUAUCAAAGCUUAGACGUCUAAGUGACUGUCAAAAAACAUUUAUAUUUUCGUUGUUCCGACGUUCUGUUAGUAGACAGCAUGUAUGGGAUUAUUUGCUGCCAAUCAUUGAAGAGACAUGUUCAUUGAAUUAUGUAUUAGAGAUUCUGCUUGAAUGUGGAUAUAUUGAACUAUUUAUUAACAUUGCCUUGCAGUGUAAACUGUCAUCACCAGAAGAAUUAUGCAUUCAGAGAACAAAAGUUUUGAUGUCUAGUCGGCGAUCGUCACAAAACUUACUAAUGCAAUUAAAAAUUUUAACACAUAACAUUCAGUUCGACAAUCCAAGAAAAUGCCUCAAAGAAAAAACUAAAUUAUAUAAGAGUGCAUUUCUUUCUGAGAAAAACUAUACAAAGAAAAUUGUGAAAGCUGAUCAUUAUGCUGCUUCGCUUUGUGCUGAGAUUGACUCAUAUGGUAUUCUUUAUGUAAGACAAUUUCCAACUCACGGUUUGUUUGAAGAAUUGAAAAACAUCAUCCCACAUACGAGCAAUACACACGUGACACAAGUUGCACACGAUACGCGACUAGCCCUUGCGUAUGCACAGGCGGAUGAAGAGGGCAUUAGUGAGGAUAACUUGAGAAAUGCAAUGGCAGCCUCAAUUUAUAUUGGAUAUUGUGUUGAACUCGUAGAAAUGCUGUAUAUUUACAUAUUUAAUUUAAUAGAAGUAUAUGAAAAAUGUCCAAUCGAAGGAUUAGUGGAUAAAAUUCUAAAUAUUGCAGAGUAUUGCGCAGGAUGCUUACAAGAAGAGACCGAUGAACUGAUCAUUUCCUUCUGGAAACGAAGAAUUUAUUCAAGAGUAGCGUUUUGUUUAUUAGGGCUCAGUAAUAGAGGUGAUAUAAUUCCAGGAAGAAGAGUGUCCUCAAAGAACGUUCGAAAAGCAAAAGAUUUAAUGGUGGAACUGGACAAAUUAUGGGAUGGAUUUGAGAUUAGACGUUUAAUGUUUUAUUACGUCGGUAAGGCUAGAAUUGCCGAGAUAGAAGACGACCUAGAUCUAGCAAUAGAAUAUAUAAGCUUAGCAAUAGACAUUGGAAUAAGAGGAGAUUUCGGGGAAGUUACCUAUAUCAAAAAUUAUUCGAAUUCUUUGACAGGAAAGUUUUCACUAUUUCAAAAACCGCUCAACGAUUAUGAAAUCCAUUUUAAAUAUUCAAGAAAUAGGACACCAGUUGAAAACGAAGAUGACGCCUCUACAAUGAAUGAUGACUUAGAAAACGAUUCAUUUCCCAAAAAUGAUAUUAUGUAUUGCGAAGGAACAUUUGUAAAAAGUAGUUAUGAAACUGAUGAAAAAUGUCAAAAACGAACGGAAAGCUUUCAUGCAGAGAAACAACGUCAGAGUUUAUGUCAAUUCAAAGUAAAUGACACGUAUGUGAAACAAGUAAUGUGGACAAAAAUGUAGAAAAGCAAUAAAAUCAAGAAAAAAC